UCUUGAUUGGAGCAUGGUUUCUUCUGAUUUUGCUUUCUAGGGUUUUUUUUACAGGGGAUUUCUGGGCUUUUGAUUCGAUUUUGGAGACGAUUCCGUUGAUUUGGGGUUCCGCUCUUUUCAUUCCUGCUUCAUGUGUAUCUGCGUCGACCGGUUUCAGAUCCGAAGCUUUUCUCCUGAGCUGGGAACGGGAAUCGGGGUUGAGCUGGUGAGUGAUACAGCAGGGUUUUGUGGGUUGCGCUGGUUUGGGUGAUUGGCUGGUGAAAUUGGGUAUGGGGACAGUGAAAAUGGGGAAGGAUGAUGAGAAAUCUAUUAGGCCUAUGUUUCCGAGGGUUCAUGUAAGCGAUACGGAAAAGGGAGGCCCGAGAGCGCCUCCGAGGAACAAAAUGGCUCUGUAUGAGCAGUUGAGCAUUCCUUUGCAGAAAUUUAGUAAACCUGGCAGCGUGGUCCCUUCUGCGUCAUCUAUCCAGGGAGGCAGUAACGAGAGGAAUGCACGCUCUCCGUUUUAUCUAUCUAGUUCAAUGCCUACCUCUUCAGCUGAGAAACCUUAUUCGCAGUCAUCUGAUGGAAAAAGUAACAAGACCAGGGGAGUGGAAUUUGAGAAAUCUACUGGUCGGGUGGAGUAUAUAACUUCUCUUGCUGCAGGAUCAGGUGCUGAAAGUAGUGCCUUCAAUGUGCAUGACUUCAAGAGUGGAACAAAUUCUCUUAAAGCAAAGUUUGAAGAUGAUAAUGAUGAUUUUAGAGUUCCGACUUUAGCUCAGUCUGAAGUUGCUUCACAUUCAAAGGAUGCACCUUUGGUGGAGGUAAACAAGCUAGCUUCUUUUGGUGCAACCAAUGCACAGAACUCUGCCAAUCUUGAUUCUUCAGUCCAUGUUCUGAGUUCUUCUAGUGAGCCCAUUCAUGAAGCCAAUGCUUCUGGAAAAUUAUCAAGGAAGCGGGAAAGAAUGCAUGUUGAACAAGAGUGUACAGGAACUAUUUCAAGCAAAGAUCAUGGAGACAAAUUUCCUAACUAUCCAGAAUCUGGUGAGGUGCUUGCUGGUCCAUCAAAAAAUUCCUUGGUACCUGCAGAUCGAGGUAGUGAAAUAAACACGAUUUCUUUGGAUAAAACAGGCCACCAGAGAGCCAGGAUUUGUAAUGAAGCAUCCUAUGAUGGUUCUGUAGAAAACAGAAAUGCUUGCAAGAUGCAGCGCCAAUCAUGUUCUAGGGCUUCAUUUGAAUACAGUCAAAUAAAUUAUGAAGACAAAGCAAAUGGGUUAGGGGAAUUGAAAAAUGCUGAACGAAGUGGUGAAGUAUCGGAGGUCUCAAUGAUAGACUCCAUUUCUGUAUUGGAUAUAUCUCCUGAUGAUGUUGUUGGAGUAAUUGGUCCGAAGCAGUUUUGGAAAGCAAGGAGAGCUAUUGUGAACCAACAGAGGGUUUUUGCGAUUCAAGUGUUUGAGCUGCAUAGAUUGAUAAAAGUACAGAAGCUUUUUGCUGCGUCACCUCAUCUACUGAUGGAUGAUUCUGAUAUCAUAACAAUCCAACCAAAAGUAACUACAAAGAGCCUUCCAAUUGCAUCCAGCUUAAAAUAUCAACAAGAUGUCCAAAAGCCUAGCCAAAAUGCAGAUCCUCUGGUAGAAAAAACAGCUGCUCCCUCUCCUCAACCUCAAGAAAAAGAUCCUAACAAAGAACUUUGUCAACUUCCCAAAAAUGUUCCUCUUACUGCCAACACUCACCAAAUCCCUACUGCUCCCGAGAACCGGCCAAAUCCUUGGUGUUUCCAGCCAUCGCCAAAUCAGUGGUUGAUACCAGUUAUGUCUCCUUCUGAAGGACUUAUUUAUAAGCCUUAUGCUGGUCCUUGUCCCCCACCUCCUGGAUUUAUGGCACCUCUCUAUGGGGGCUGUGGCCCUUUAAACCUGCCAUCUGUUGCGGGCGACUUCAUGAAUUCAGCUUAUGGUUUUCCAUCAUCUCACCAGCAACAAAGCCGUGUUCUUCCUGUUUCUCCAGCAAUUGGUCCAAACUACUUCCCUGCACCUUACGGCUUGCCAAUGGUGAAUCCAGCUAUUUCUGCCUCAGCUGUAGAGCAAGUAAGUCCUUUAACCAAUGUAAGAUCCGACGGACGAUCCAUGCAGUGCUCACAGAGUUCAUGCAACAUAUCGAUUACCAAAAGCGAAGCAUUGUCGGGUUAUCUUCCAAAGAUUAAAUCAUCAUCUAAGGAUAAUGAGCUUCAGGCGAGUACAGCAAGUAGCCCGUGCGAUAAGGCGCAAGGAGAAGGGAGGGAUUUGUUACCUGUUAUACCUAUCCCUCCAGCCACAGAGGGAUCAUGCCAGCCUUCUCAGUCAAGUGGUAAGGAAAAUCAAACUCAUGUGAUUAAGGUUAUUCCACACAAUGCAAGGUCUGCAACGGAGUCUGCAGCAAGGAUAUUUAGGUCAAUACAGAGAGAAAGGAGACAACUGGACUUGUAGUUUGAACGCCUAAGGUUAGUCCUUUCCUGAUUGCUUUUCUCAAAUUAAAGCUGUUACAUUACCUGUUUGGAUACUUCUUUGGAUAUUUCUAGGUGGGUGUUUGACAGCUUAUACAUAGCUUUUAGUUUCUUGUAUGUUUUUUUUAUAUUUGUUUACAUAUUGAUAGAGUUUUUUAAAUGUUUUUUGUAUCAGUUUUUUGUAACUCUGUAUCCUAUGUUGAGCAAAAUGAUGCGUGUAAUCCUCUCUUGAAGUAUAAAUAUAAGCUAUUAUUGCCAUUCAGUAGGAAAAAUAUAUGGGCAAUGUGUUAUAUA